GCUCGUUGCAGACAACGCGGCGGCGAUGUCCGCGAGCCAGGCGAGGGCCGCGGCGGCAGCGGCAAGGCCUCGCGCGCGGCCGGGCGAUCUGGGCAUCCGCCUCCAUCCAGUUCCUAGGAAGCGGCUCGGCGUCCAUCGAAGGAGAAUCGGCAGCGGAGGCGGAGGCUCUGGCUCUGACGCGGCUCUUUCCUCCCCUUCAGCCUGAGCCGGGGGAGGAGGAGGCCCGGGGAGCCCGGGUGUCUGUCUGGAGGGCUGGGGGGCGUUCUCCGACCGAGAAUGGGAAUUCUCCUCACCAGGAUCUGGAGACUGUUCAAUCAUCAGGAGCACAAAGUUAUCAUUGUUGGGCUGGAUAAUGCAGGGAAAACUACCAUCCUUUAUCAAUUUUCUAUGAAUGAAGUUGUACAUACGUCUCCUACAAUAGGAAGUAAUGUAGAAGAGAUAGUGAUUAAUAAUACACGUUUUCUAAUGUGGGAUAUUGGUGGCCAAGAAUCUCUUCGUUCUUCCUGGAACACUUAUUAUACCAACACAGAGUUUGUAAUAGUUGUUGUGGACAGUACAGACAGAGAAAGAAUUUCUGUAACUAGAGAAGAGCUCUACAAAAUGUUAGCCCAUGAGGACCUAAGGAAAGCUGGAUUGCUGAUUUUUGCUAAUAAACAAGAUGUUAAAGAAUGCAUGACUGUAGCAGAAAUCUCUCAGUUUUUGAAACUAACUUCUAUUAAAGAUCACCAAUGGCAUAUACAGGCAUGCUGUGCUCUUACUGGCGAGGGGUUAUGCCAAGGACUUGAGUGGAUGAUGUCACGACUUAAAAUUAGAUGAUCUCUGCUGACCUCUUAAGGACUUUGUAUAAACAAAGUGCUGGACUUUACCUGAAAGCUGCAAAAACUUCAUGGUUUAGAUAUAUUUAUAAUAAACUGAUUUAAACUUUUUCUAUAAGAAGAAAAAUUAGGACCACUUGUUUGAAAACAAAGAUGAAGCCUCACUUCCAAUCUGCUUUUUAUUGGUUCCUUCCAAAGCAAGGUCUUAAAGCUGUGAUUGACAUUUUCUUAUAAUGAAUCCUCUCAGGACAUUGUGUGGCCUGUGGUAAGUGUAAAGGGAGAGGAAAACAUUUUAACUUCAGGAGCUUUAUUAUUGACAUAACCCUCCCUAGUUGAAUGUUUUUUUUCAUAUUUCAUCAAGUCAAAAUACAAAUCAGCACAAAUCAGUUUCAUCUUUUACAAUGUGAUGUUGCUUAUAAAAGUAUUUUGCAUAAUGUUGCAUAUGUAUUAUGUAUAUACCUCAAGUUCAAGUAAAUGAUUUAUGUUCUAAAGAAAAGUGGAUAUCACAAAAAUAAUAUUCUUAGUUAUAACAGUGAGUACUGGUAUUGAUGUUAAAUGCCUUUUUGUACUUUUCCUCUUUUCUCUGUCUUGUACUAACCACCCACUCACUACCAAUUAUUGAGCCUCUCUUUAAAAAGAAAGAAAAAGGGGAAAGGUUGAUGUGUCUAUAUUUUUGCUGAUCAAACCACAUGCAUGAAAAUAUAUAAUCCAAUUGAGUGAACAUCUUAUAUUCUUGGUUUAGUAUUAUGGGAUAAUUGCAUAUUGAACAAUUAUCAUACGUUCUCUUUUGUUGGACUUCAUGCAAUCUCGUUCCUGACUAAAAUUACUAACCCAUAGCCAAUCAUUAAUGAUGAUUAAAAUUACUGAUUCACCCCCAGCAUUAGGGGAAAUUUGUUUUAUCAAAUACUGUCUAUACAGAGAAGCAUCACCCUAUGAAUAUUAAAUAAGUUAGCUAAUCUUUUUAAGUUAGGUAUUAAGGUAAUAAGUUACAUAUAUAACAUUUAAAGUGAAUUUGAAAAAAACACUUUGUAAGCAAAAUUUCUUAAUUUAAAAUUUUGUUUCCUAGGAAUUGGAAUAAUUUGAGAAAUUUUCUUACCUGCAUUUUUAUUUUAUCUUAUAGCAAGUAAUACAUUGUUUUACAAUUAAAAAUGCAGUUAUUUUAAUGCUUUUAAGAAUCUGGCUUAAACAUUUAAUUUUUUCUAAACUAAGAAGAAACUUGGCCCAGAAUAUCUUUUAUAUUCACUUGGGUUUUUGUUUUAUGUCUUUAUGAUUUCAGAAAAAUCAACAAAAGAUAUUUAGAUGUAUUGUUCUGUAUGAUGUACAGAAACUUAGAUGUUUAGACAUAUUUUUGGGUUCUUUGUAAGUCUCAGAGUCUGAAAAUCUGAAGGCAAUCCAAACUGGCUUGUUACAGAAUAUUGGAGAAAAUAAAAUUUGACCUAGAAUUAACAAGAAUUUUGAACAGAAAUAAUAAACAUCAUAUACUAUAAACUUAUAAAACUUUGAAGUUACUUUUUAUUAAAUAUAAACUCUUGGAGCUGGAGUUAUAGUACAGUGGGUAGGGUGCUUAUCUUGCACUCAGUAGACCAGAUUCAAUCCCCGGCAACCCAUAUGGCUCUCCGAGCCCAUCAGGAGUGACUUAUAAGCACUGCCAAGUGUGACCCCAAAACAAAGCAAAACAAAAGUAAUAUGUAAAGCACUCAAUAUCUCAAUCAAAAUCAGCAUGGAAGAUCUAUGUUGAAAUUUGGGUGUUAUACAUUAUAAUGUUUAAAAUGCAUGUGUUACAUGUUAAUGUUUGCCAGCAUAUUUUCACAAAAGUAAUCCUAAAUUAUUGAACUUUAUUUGUUCAUAUUUAAUGUUUUGGAAUCUCAAUAAGGAUUUCCUUGUAUAUUAAAAGCUUCCUUAAACAUUCAAGUCAUUUUGUAUACCUUGCAAUUUCAUCAGAGACAAAUAAAGGAGCCCAAUAAAUCUUUACCUUUUUUUAAUCUUUUAAUUUGAAUAAUUUUGGUUUAAUUUGAGUUAUGGCCAUACCAGUGAACAGUAUAAUAGAUCAUUCCCUUGUCAUUAGGUAUUCGCUAAAAUUUAUUCUUAAUUAGGUGAUUAAAGCAUGUACUACAUCAUUAUAGUUGCUUUAGUGGUAAAUUAUUGUUGUAGCAUUAUAAGGAUGCAUGAAAUUGUAUGUACCAUGUUUACAAGACAUAAUUUUUUGUUAUAUUCUACCUUUUUAAGCUAAGAAUAAGAAAUAUGGUGGUAACUAUAUAUUAUGCAUAAAGCCAAAAUUGGGAAAAAUUUAAAUUCAUGUAUAGAAAUAUGUCAAAAUUAUGUUAACAGUAUUACAUUCAUAUAGAUGGAGAGCUUCAUGUAUUGGCAAUUUAUAUGCAGCAUAAAAUGGAAUUAAACAAAGAACAGUGCUCUUGUUUAUAUGUUCCUAUUGGACAUAAACAUAUUUAUAGUCCUUGUGCUCAGCUUUGAAAAAAUAAAGCUUCGUACAUUUGUAUUUGUGGGUGGAUUUAAAUGAUCAUGUAUUUGAUACUAAUUUUGAAAGUUGAAUAACUUCUUGAUAGUUUGGUAAAAGUAAACAUGCUCUGUGCAUUAAAGUUU